AGCUCAAGGUCCCGCCCGUGAGCGUUCCGAGGUUCGCAUGUGCUGAAUUGGCGCCGGAGCCCAUCCGUGGCGCGUGGAGCGCGCCGGGGGCGGCGCCAAAGGCACCGCCAGGGAGGUGUUUGUGCCGCAGCCGCAGUUCUCUCUGGAGGAGGAGCACACAGGGGCAGCAGGAGGUUCAUGACACUGGCCGCGAAGCUGGCCAACUCCAAGCACCAGGAUUACCACUCCAUUAUCGGGUCGGACGGCCAUGGCUCGGAGGUGUCUGGGAAAAGCUCGGGUACUAAUGCACAGGGGAAUUCCGUAUUGGUCACUGCUGGAGUCAUCAUCGGCGAUACUUUGGGCGCUGGGCUGUUGACCAUGCCAGGCGCACUGUCCAUGUUCGGAUGGCUUGCCGGUAGCAUGUUCAUCGUGGGCAUGCUGGCACUGAACUUGCACAUUUGCAUGCUGCUGUGGCGGAUGCGCAUGGCAUUCCCGCAGGCGCACACCUUCGGGGAGCUCGCUGAGGCUAGUUUCAGCAGAGCCCCCAGGUGGCAGCGGUCGCUGAUGCGCCAGGUCACAGACUACCUGCAGCACAUAUUUGUUUUCUUCCUGCUCUCCGCUGACGCCACCAGCUUUGGAAAGGGCCUUGGCCUGCUCUUCUACGAUGUGCACAUCUGCCUCCCCGUCUGGGUACUGAUCGGCUCCGCCAUCCUGCUACCCAUCCACGCGCGCACGCGGUCACUCGGAGGCAACAAGUUGUCGAUAUCGUUGAAUUGCGUCGCCGUGAUAUGCUGCGUUGGGCUCUGCCUCCGCCACUUCGCCCACCAGGGUGUGCUUGCCAGCAGGGGGGCCGACGCCGAGUUCGCGGCUGUGACGUCCAUGAGUGCGCUGGGCGUCCUGAACGGCCUGAACAUAAUGAUGUUCAACUUCACGAUCCAGUUCAUGGUCGUGGAGAUAGCCUCGGAGAUGGAGAAGCCGCAGGAGUUCCCCCGGGCGCUGUGGGGGUACGCGUUCCCCUUCCUGGCCGCGCUCUUCACGCUGUGCGGCGUGGGCGGCUACUACUACCUCGGGAACAAGGCGCACGGGCUCCUGAUCGGCCACAUGCCGUUCGGGGUGCCGCUGAGGUGCACGGCCGCUUGCCUCGUGUUCCUCGUGCUCGUCGCGUACCUGCUCAAGAGUGUGGUGCUGUGCAGGACUAUCCACGCGCACUGCGAUCCCAAACACGCUGGGUGCGUCAGUGCGCGCUCGGAGGCCGGCUACACCUUCACCAUAGUGCUCGUAUUGGGCGCAGCUUUCCUGGUGUCGCAGGUGGUGCCCUUCUUCACCCCGUUCAUUGACCUCAUCGGCGCCACGCUUGCGCCUCUGUGCUGCAUCGUGAUCCCGCUUGUCAUGUAUGCCCAGUGGCGCAGCGCGUUUGGCAGCAGCCGGGAAAUAGGAGCUUUGGAUGCAUCCGAGUGGGUGCUCAUUCUGCUGGAGGUGGCCAUUUGUGUCCUGGUCAUGACGCUCGGCACAUACGACUCCCUCCUCACGAUCGUCCGAGGAUGGGAGGAGUUCGGGUCGCCGUUCUCCUGCCACUGCGAGCUCCUCUGGAACACCUGCGGGUGCUCGGCCUCGAAGCCGGGGAUGCCCGGCUGCGGCCCGCGCUCUGGGUGGCUGGACCAGGCCGUGUCACUGUACGCCGACUCCCUGGGCCUCGCGGGCGGUCUGGAGUCCAUCCGCCAGGGCGCGGGGACGUAUCUGUGGUGGUACUGAGGGCGGCCACAGCGCGGCGCGCGGGCGCGCGCCCGCGCCUCACGCUUCUCCACGUCCUCGACCCCCCCGCAUCGCGUUCUUCAUCCCCCUCCUCCUGCUCCUAUUCCUCGUCCUCGUCCUCUAUACUGUUCCUGGAGGUUGUCCUGCCUCGAUUAGCGUUCUGGCAGCCCCACCCCACGCGAGCUCGAUGCAGCAUAUAGUGGUAGGCGGCGCGGCUGAGUUAGUAACACCUCUAGCGCAUUGGUGCGGUGCACUGUGCAGUCUCAGUGUUCUUAUCAGGCCACUCGGGCAGUGGCCAGGGCGGGCCAAUCUUUGCAACGGCUCAGCAGAAUAUGUUCAGGGGGAAAAGAAACACACAGACACAAUUAAUCGUCGACUCCCAGGAAAAUAUGC